AUGAAGUUGCAGAUUGGGAAACUAGCUGCCUUCCCUCGGCGUGUCUCUUUGCUGCUGCUGCUCCUGCUGCUGCAGCUGGGCUUUGAGGAUGUGAAGCUGCUUCUGUGCGGCCCCUCGGGGGGCUGCUGCGGCUGCUGCUCUUUCCUGCUUCCUGCUGCUGCUAGCAGCAGAAACGAACCGGGGUACAGCAAAACAAAGAGUGCUGCAGCAGGGAAGGACUUGCAGCAUGUACAGAAACAGCUGCAGCAAAAAGAGAGGCAGCAGCAAAAGCAGAAGCUGCAGCGCCAAAAGGGGGAGCAGCAGCACCAAACAGAACGGCUGCAGCAGCAAAAAGAGAUGCCGCAGCAGCAGAAAGAGAAGCGACAGCAGCAAAAAGGGAAGCAGCAGCAGCAAAAGGAGCAGCACGUGUCCGAUCAGCAAAAGCAGCAGCAGCACCAACACCAGCAUUUCUUGAGUCAGCAGCUGCAGCAUCCGCUGAAGCAAAAGUGCUGUGUGGAGACACAGCAGCAGCAGCAGCAGCAGCAGCCGCAGCAGCAGCAGCGGACGCAACACAGGCAGCAGCAGCGUUUGCAGCAACAGCUAAUGGGUUUGGACAGUGAUGAGGCUUUGGACAUCUACAACACAGAAGAAGAUGCGGAAGACUCUGUUAGCUGUUUGCUGCAGCAGCAGCAGCAGCUGCAGCCACAGCAGCUGCAGCAAGAGCGGAGGCCGUCUCAGCAGCGCGACCUGCAGUCCGACACCGCAUUUUUGCAGCAGCAGCAGCAACAGCAACAGCAGCAGCAGCUGCAGCAGCAGCAACUGCAGCAGCAGCAGCUGCUGCUGCCAGACAUGGACCUGGGGGGGGGGCCCUCGCGGCUGCGGCUGCAGGACUUGCCUCCUCUUUCUUUUCCCAAACCCUCGCCGGACUUGGUGAAGCUCACGGAGCCCCUGGCCUUCCACACCAAGCCCCAAGGAAAGGAGCCAAUAAGGAAGAUGUACCCCUUCGGGGUUCCCAUAGAAGUGCGCAGUGUAUCUACAGGCCUCCGCAUAAAACUCAUUCUCCAGGCAGUGCUCGGCUCUGGCGGCCAGGGCAUUGUUUUGCUGGUGAGUCAAGGAGCUAGCUAG